AUGGAUGAGAUUAUUAGCCCAGCAUUAAUGAGACUUCGCAACAAACCUGAGGCCCCUCGUAUUGAUUUCACUGUGUACACCCAGGAGGACGGCACUACGGUCAGCACAAGAGACCGUGUUAUCAAAGAUGUACCUGCACCAGCUGUAACUCUACCAACAGACGAGGAAUUUUGGAGCAAAGAGCGACCUGGGUUGCCCGACAUUAAAUUUUUGAAAGACCAUUUCUACAGAGAAGGAAGAUUGACAGAAGAGCAAGCAUUGUUUAUUCUCGAAAAAGGCACCGAGAUACUCAAGUCAGAGCCUAAUUUAUUGGAAGUGGGCGCUCCCAUCACGGUGUGUGGUGAUAUUCAUGGUCAAUACUACGAUUUGAUGAAAUUGUUUGAAGUUGGAGGUGAUCCCGCCAACACAACCUAUCUUUUCCUCGGCGAUUAUGUCGAUAGAGGUUAUUUUUCAAUCGAGUGUGUUUUGUAUUUAUGGUCGCUUAAGAUGUGGUAUCCAAACAGCUUCUUUUUGCUCAGAGGUAAUCAUGAGUGCAGGCACUUGACAGAUUAUUUCACUUUUAAGAUUGAAUGUCGUCAUAAAUACACCGAGAGCGUGUAUGAAGCAUGCAUGAACUCUUUUUGUUCAUUGCCAUUAGCAGCCAUCAUGAACAGACAGUUUUUAUGUAUCCAUGGUGGUCUUUCGCCAGAACUGCAGACAUUGGAUGACUUAAAAAAGAUUGAUCGUUUCCGUGAACCACCUACGCAUGGUCUCAUGUGUGAUCUCCUAUGGUCUGAUCCACUGGAGGAAUUUGGACAAGAAAAGACAAACGAAACAUUUAUUCACAACCAUGUUCGAGGAUGUUCCUAUUUCUUCAGUUAUCAUGCAGCAUGCCAGUUUCUGGAGAGAAACAACUUAUUAUCUAUUAUUCGAGCUCAUGAAGCGCAGGAUGCAGGAUAUCGUAUGUAUCGAAAGAGCAAGACAACCUCGUUUCCUUCAGUGAUGACUAUUUUCUCCGCCCCCAAUUAUCUUGAUGUGUACAACAACAAAGCUGCUGUGCUGAAGUACGAAAACAAUGUUAUGAACAUUCGACAAUUUAACUGCACGCCUCAUCCUUACUGGUUGCCUAAUUUCAUGGAUGUAUUUUCUUGGAGUUUGCCGUUUGUUGGAGAAAAGAUUACCGACAUGUUGAUCGCAGUUUUGAAUGUCUGCAGCAAGGAAGAGUUGGCUGAAGACGACAAGCAGUUGAUAGAGGAUAAAUCAAAUAAUUUGGAGGAUGCAGAACAGCGCAGAAUUGUAAUUCGAAACAAAAUUAUGGCUGUUGGUAAAAUAUCCCGUGUAUUCUCUGUUCUACGUGAGAAUUCAGAACGUGUUACGGAAUUGAAAUCACUUUCUCCUACUGGAAAACUGCCUUUGGGUACAUUAGCAUUGGGUGUAGAAGGUUUGAAAUCAGCUAUCACUACAUUUGAGGAUGCCAAGCGAUCAGAUUUGGAGAACGAGCGUCUGCCACCUACGCGGGAAGCAAAAGAGCAAUUACUGAAAGAGGAGACUGAUAGCAAAAUCCGCACAGCAGUGAAUGAAGAAGACGAAGAGAUGGAAGAGGUUGUUCAUGCUAUGUUUCAGUAA